GGCAUAACUGGAAUCCGUUUUGCUGAAGGAGAAAAGUGUUACAUCAAAGCUCAGCCAAAAGCUCACGUCCCCGAAGUUGAUGCUAUGACUAAAGCGAGCCUCUCAUCUGAGCUGGAAGAUGAAAUCAUGCCUGUGAGAUUUGACGAAAACUCCCUUAUCUGGGUGGCUGCAGACGAGCCUAUCAAGCAUAACAGUUUCCUAAGCCCCAAAAUUCUAGAGCUUUGCGGGGAUCUUCCAAUUUUCUGGCUGCGACCAACAUAUCCCAAAGAUAACCAAAGGAGAGAAAUGAAGAGAAACAAACGCCAAUCAAACUUUGAUACAGAAGACUUGGAAGCUGCUACUGAAGAAGUGAACACCAGGUCACCCACCACGCAGCUGACUGAAGAGCUUGGUCACCAGUCUAAUGAAACCAGGCCAAUGGGUCAAGAAACCGAUCAAACACUUAAUCCAGACAACCCAUAUAAUCAACUGGAAGGUGAAGGGAUGGCUUUCGACCCCAUGCUGGAUCACCUAGGUGUGUGCUGCAUUGAAUGCAGACGAAGUUACACGCAGUGCCAGAGAAUCUGCGAGCCUCUCUUGGGCUACUACCCAUGGCCUUACAACUACCAAGGCUGUCGUACUGCCUGCCGAAUCAUCAUGCCCUGCAGCUGGUGGGUUGCUCGUAUCAUGGGUGUUGUGUGA